AUGGCGUUCGCGAAGGCACCAAGACUAGGUAAAGAUGAUACACUUGGAAAUCGAGAGAAAUAUACUAAGGUCACAAGAAAAGCACUGGCUGAUUUGAGUAAUCUUGGUGGGAACACUUUAAGGCCAGCGCUUCCUGGCAGCAGUACCAUGAGCAUAUCUUUCUUCUGUUCUAAAGUCAUCGUAUUGAACAUGACAAUGCAGGAAAUGGAAGGGUGUAAAAUGUGCAAAUCCGCAAAGGUGAACGAAAGUAAUAGAACAACAGAAGUUGGAAACACUGGCACUUAUAAGACAGAUCAGAAAAUCAUCAAAAACAAAAUUCCGAGCCUUGGAUCAACUGCUGGUGGAACAAGAAAGUGUGUACCAGCUUUAAAAAGAACAAGCCUCACAGACAAGAACACGAAGAAGGAAAAUGUCUCAAGCCUAGAUUCAAAACAAUUGGGUCAAGGUCCAGCCGGUAAAGUCAGCAACAAAGCCCACCUAAGCAGUGCCAGAAGCUGUACCUGGAAAACUCGGACAAGUGUCGGUUCUAUACCACCGGACUGCACCAACCAGAAAAAGAAUAACGUACGUAUCGCAAGGAAAUCUAUCAAGAUCCAGACAACUGUGAAGACCUCGCUGCAAAACCGUAGUCCUCUUAAGAAGCCCCCGGUCAGUAGAAGUAAAUCAAGAUCUAUUCUUUCAGUCCCUCCUUCUGAAAAAGCUGCUUCGGCAUUGUCAAUUCCGGAACAGAUUGAAACAGAAGGUCUUAAAGAAGAUACUCAAGAAGAGAGUUCAUCUAAUGGCAAAACAGACUCGGCUACGAAAAUGUUGGAUGUUACAGCGAGACCAAAAUCAAAGCGUAGAAAGUCUUUCACAUCUCUACUAGUGACUGGAUCAAAGAACAAUGAUGAAACUGCACAGCAAGAAAAACUUCCCAACAUUGAUGAUGAAUCCAAUCAGCUGGAAGUUGCUCAAUAUGUGGGCGACAUAUAUCAGUUCUAUUGGACUGCUGAGGCGUUAAAUCCAGCUUUGGGAUACUACUUGUCAACUCCGACAAAAGCUAAUCCAACUACGCGUGGAAUUUUGAUAAACUGGCUUAUAGAAGUUCAUUCCAAAUUUGAUCUGAUGCAUGAGACUCUCUACCUCACAAUGAAUUUAUUGGAUCGUUACCUCUCCCAAGUUCCAGUAGAAAAAAAUGAGAUGCAAUUGAUUGGUCUUACUGCACUCUUACUAGCAUCUAAAUACGAGGACUAUUGGCAUCCUAGAAUCAAAGACUUGAUUAGCAUCUCCGCAGAAACGUACACAAGAGAACAAAUCCUGGGAAUGGAGAGGAUUAUGCUCAAACAGUUAAAGUUCCGAUUGAAUGAACCGACCCCUUACGUUUUCAUGUUGAGGUUCCUAAAAGCUGCUCAAUCAAACAAGAAGCUUCAACAACUCUCCUUCUACCUAAUAGAGCUGUGUUUGGUCGAGUAUGAAGCCUUGAAGUUCAAGCCUUCGUUGCUUUGCGCAUCAGCCAUCUACGUAGCCCACUGCACUUUACAUAUGACUCCAGUCUGGACUGCGCUCCUAAACAGCCAUACGCACUACAAUGUCUCCCAAAUGAAGGAUUGUUCUGACUUGAUCCUAGGGUUCCAUAAAGCAGCAAAGACAGGAAAACUGAGGGUCACUUAUGACAAGUACAUGAAACCAGAACGAAGUAACGUCGCAGUCUUGAAACCCUUGGACAAGCUUCCUCUCUAA